AUGGGUGGCAUCCGGGUGCUGGCCCGCAGCCUCACCAUGCAAAACACUCCCUUGGAUGACCAGGCGUCGAAACAGCCGUCGCGUACUCUGCCUCCGCCGCAAGGCCCAUAUCACUCCGCGAGCCAGUCAACUCACUCUCUACCCACUCUCGCAGACCUCACCCAGGGUGCCUCUGUUGCUCCUCCAGCGCCUCCUCAGUCACACCAACAGCAGCAACAGCAACAGCAGCAGCAGCAGCAGCAACAGCAGCAACAGGCUUCUCGUUAUGGCCAGCACCAGCAGCAACCCCUCGGACGGGGUCAUGCAUUGCCCGGUAUCGGCCAGACCAUCCAGCACACCUCACCUCCAUCGUCGAUAAGUCAUGACCGUGAGCGUGAACGUGAACGUGACCGAAGACCUCGCCAGAGGGAGAUGGAAAUGCUUGAACUCGAACGAGAGAUGGAACGAGAAAAUGAGAUGCGAGAGCGAGAGCGUGAGAUGGCUGACAGGUACCACCGUGAGCAGCAGCACCAGCAGCACCAGGCACAGGCACAGGCGCAGGCACAGGCACAGCAGCAGCAACAGCAGCCGCACCCAGUCCAAAGCCAUACGGGAUCCAUCCCCAUCCACCAACCAGUUGCUUCAAAGGUACCAAGCUCGAUCCACGGACCCAAUGGCCUGCUCUCAAACCUGGGUACGGCCACUAACGCGCCACAGCCGUCCAUUCAGGCUUCGAACCCACCUUCCAACCUGUUUGGCAGCUCCAUGCAACACAGCGAGGGACCACCACGCCAGUACCUCCAGCCCUCCCAGCCAGUCCUCGCUUUUAACUCGGGCCCUUCUCAAGUCCCGGGUAGCGUUGCUGCUCUGGCACAGGGUCAACAACCUAUAUUAAACUACUGGAUAAUGGAAUAUUCCGUGCAUUUCAUUCACCGUGCUGAGAAUGACUCUAUGCCCACUUUUCCUGUUGGACGUUCAAUUCUCAUACCGAAGCACUUUAUCGAUGUCAAUGAUUCUACUCAAUCUGAAUCCUUGCUAAUGGCGCCUACGAAACAGGAUGCGCUCAGCUAUCUGGACCAGGUCAAGGUCCGCUUCGUCGAGCAGCCAGAAGUCUACAACCGGUUCCUUGAUAUCAUGAAGGAUUUUAAAAGUCAAGCUAUCGAUACACCAGGCGUUAUCCAGCGCGUUUCGACCCUCUUCAACGGCCAUCCUGCUCUGAUUCAAGGCUUCAACACCUUCCUCCCCCCUGGAUACCGCAUAGAAUGCGGAACAGACGAUAACCCAGAUGCGAUUCGCGUCACCACUCCUUCAGGUACAAACACUAUCUCAAUGCAGUCGGGCGCUAGACCUCCGUUAGGCGCACCCGAAGGAACCGGCCCUGCAGUACCAUCUGCCCCCGCUUCACGCCCGGAAUACUACGACCAGCCUCGCAGCGCAUGGCAACAUGGUCAUUCCCAGCAACAGGCACAGCCUGGCCAUCCAGCAGGUGCACCUGGCUCAUACUCGCCGAAGUCUCAGCACAUGACGGCCGGAAUGUACGGGCAACAACAGCAGUCUAGACACAACCCAUCUCAGGACACACAGUAUGAUUACCAGGCUCAGCAUGAGCAGCAGCAGGCGUCCAAUGAGGCUGCUUCAAUGGUUCAUCAACAGGAACAACGAGGAGUUUCACAGCUGCAAAAUGCCGUAUCGGUUGCCUCUAGUGCUGGCCGGCAGCAAAUAAUGCAGCUCCCACCUGGUUCGCAUACCCCUGGCCCUACACAGCCUAUGGGCUCUAUGGCCGGUGGUAUGGGCCCGUCAGGUGUUAUGCCCGGUCAGAACCGCUUCUCUGACUCUCCUGAGAUAUACAAGCAAUUCCUCGAAAUCUUGCAAACCUACCAACGCGAGUCUAAGCCCAUACAAGACGUUUACACCCAGGUCACUCAUCUUUUUGGCGCUGCUCCUGAUCUUCUGGAAGACUUUAAACAGUUCCUACCUGAGUCUGCUGCACAGGCCAAAGCUCAAGCUACACCCUCAGCUCGCCAAUCGCAGGAGGAAGUUCCCAUAAUCAGCAAUGUACGUGGAGAACCUGGCUACGGUUCUGCAGGACUGCCACAACCUCAAAUGACUAGAGGUGACGUGAAUAUGCCGCCGAUAGGACAGUUCAACGUCAAAGAUUCAACCAAGGAUAACAAGAAACGACGUGGCGCUCCAGGUGCUCAGGCCGUCGGUGGAGGAAUGCCUGGCAUGCAACCAGCAGUUGGUGACAUGAAUGGCGGCCAGAUGAACAAGACUGCCGCUCAGCAGAUCGGCAUGAACAAGCGAACGAAAUUGAGCCAUAAACCAUCUGCCACAGAUGCUCACCAGCCAAAUAUCUCGCCGACAUUGGUCCCAGCAUUGCCUGAGCCGAUUCCUCCAAGCUUCUCUCUCACUCCCUCCCACGAAGAAUAUGCCUUCUUUGAUCGUGUGAAGAAGUUCAUCGGCAACAAACAAACAUUCGGAGAAUUCCUCAAGCUCUGCAACCUUUACUCUGCAGACCUAAUUGACCGCAAUGUCCUCGUUAACCGUGCCGCCGGCUUCAUUGGCGCAAACCAGGAAAUCAUGUCCUGGUUUAAACGCUUCAUGCACAUCGAGCCAAAGGACGAGCUCAUCGAGCCCAAGGCCAAACCCGACUCGGGAUCUGUCAAUCUCUCUCACUGCCGUGCCUUGGGACCAAGUUACCGUCUUCUACCUAAGCGUGAACGCCAAAAGGCAUGCAGUGGCCGUGACGAGCUAUGCAAGAGCGUGUUGAACGACGACUGGGCCUCUCAUCCAACUUGGGCUUCUGAGGAUUCUGGCUUCGUUGCGCACCGCAAGAACCAGUACGAAGAUGCUCUGCACCGUAUAGAAGAAGACCGCCAUGAUUAUGAUCACCAUAUCGAAGCUUGUAUUAGAACCAUCCAGCUUCUGGAACCCCUGGUGCAGCAGAUCUCACUUAUGAGUGACAGCGAUAGAUCGUCGUUUAAGCUGCCACCUGGACUUGGAGGACAGAGCGAAACCAUCUACAGACGGGUCAUCAAAAAGAUAUAUGAUCGUGAGCCCGGUCAGAGAGUCAUUGAAGAGAUGUUUACCCGGCCAUGCCUCGUGCUACCGAUCGUGCUUGCCAGGCUGAAGCAGAAAUGCGAAGAGUGGAAAGCGACACAGCGUGAAUGGGACAAAGUAUGGCGGGAACAGAUGCAGAAGGGUUUCUGGCGCAGUUUAGAUCACCAAGCCAUCAUCAUGAAAGGCAACGAUAAGAAGGUCUUCUUGAGCAAGCAUAUCCAGCAUGAGAUUCAGACCAAGUUCGAAGAAGGUCGGAAUCGUCGUAGGACUGGCGUCCAUGUCUCCAACUACCAGCUUGACCUCGCCUUCGAGGACUCUGAAGUUGUACUGGAUGCCACUCACCUGCUACUCUGCUAUCUUGAUCACAGCUCUGCUGGCUUUGGUGCUGAUCCGCAGCGAGUUAUGGCUUUUAUUAAGGACUUCAUUCCCGUCUUUUUCGGCAUAGAUCGGGAAGCUUUCAAGAACUAUCUGUCAGAGCUCACCGGACGAGGCUCCCAUACGACCAAAGCGCAUCACAAGUGGGAAGAAAUUCGAGCUUUUGCGGCCGGAUCCACCGCAGCCAGUCGCGCGUCAACUCCUCUAUCAAUGAACGAGUGCACACCCGCGCCUCGUUCAACUGAUAACUUUGAUAUUGCCGAGCUUCGAUGGAUGGACCAUCCUACUCGCGGAAAUUUCCAUCACAAACGCGAAUACCCGCUCAACGAACCCUACAAGAAGAAAGUCCACCACUUCUACUGCAACCUCACCAUCUACUGCUUCCUAUACACCUUUGAAAUCCUCUACCGUCGGCUGUUGAAUGUGAAGCAGUAUGAGAAGGAAGCCCACGAAGCAGUUCGUCGUGCCAUGGCACCCAAGGCCGCCCUGGAACUAGGCAUGAUUGACAAGACGCCUUCUGACCUUCUUUAUGACACCGAUCCAAAGGCAAACCUCUACCACCAAGUCAUUCGCAUCUCAGAUGUUAUCAACAUGUUUUACAAAGAGCGGGAGAAGGAGGAGACAACCCAUAACCAGGAGCUCCAGUACCGCAAACAGGUGGAGCGAUUGAUCAAGGAAGGAGAUAUCUAUCGUGUCACUUUUGUCCCGGCUUCAAAACACGUUUUGAUCCAGCUUCUAACGCCUGAUCAGAGUACACUAGAAAGCGACGGCCUCGGCCAUGAAGCCCGAUGGUCCUACUACGUCUCUGCCUAUACGAUGCGCGAUCCCACUGAAGGAGUUCUCUUCUCAGACAUGCGCAUGCCGUUCCUAAAACGCAACUUGCCUCCAAAGAUGGACUCAGAUGAAGAAUACAACAACUUCUACAAACCUCUAGUCCAUCAUGACGGCCUAGUUAUACGCAUUUGCGCCAACAGCUAUAAUAUCCUGUAUGAGCCAGGCACACGGGACUGGUGGUAUCGCCAUGAGACCAACAAGCAAACCCAAGCUCCCGAGAACAUGAGGGAAUACGCAAGCUUGAAGGAGAAGCGCAGAGAUCGGUUCAGAGGGAAGUUUGUGAAUAAUCCUGCGUGGGCCCGUGGGCUGAGCAAAGAUGAGGUCGACAAGUCAAACCAGCAGUUCAGGACCUGGGUUGGCGCCGUUGCGGAGGACGCUACGCCAGCUGUGGCCACUUCUGAGACUGCAGCGGAGCCUAAAUCUGACGACAAGGCUGUGACAUCUGCUGGCCGUGAGAAAGACGCCCCUGCCCCUGAAGUGAAGGGCGAAGAACCGGCGGACGAGGACCAGGAGAUGGGCGGCGUCGAUGCUGACUCUUCCAAGUAA